UUAUUACUGUGCCGACUCAAGUAAAUACACACGCUAGCUGGUUAGUGAGCUCGUGUGUUCAAUGUGAUCAGCUAGACUGAGGCGUCCGCUAGAGCUAAUGAGGAGGAGCAGGCCACAGUGUGGAGGCGAUCAGUGAUGAAGUGUUGAUCUGCAACUAAAGCUGAUGUUCAACAGAGACAGUCGCUUUACAGAGGAGUGGGUUGAGUGUUGCUGUCACACACGGAGUGAGACACAGGCCACGCAGUUCCCUCUGAAGAUACACGGUGCUUAUUGACGUUAGCAUUGCUGCUAAGCUAAUGUUGACACAGUAAGCUCAGACAGCGAAACCUGAGUGUGUGUCUCAUAUCAACACCGGUGCGGCCCUUCCUUAAUGUCUUCUAUUUGUAUGGCCCCUCUAUUUCAAACCGAGGUGCGCUGCUGCUCCAGGCUUCCAGUUCACGAUGGCCCAGAACCAGGUGAUCCUGCAGUUCCGAUUUGCCACUUUUGGGGACUCCAUGCUGCAGAAGAUGAACCUUCUACGACACCAGAGACGCUUCUGUGACGUCACUGUGCGCAUCAACCAGCUGGAGGUCCCUGGUCAUAAGGUGGUGUUUGCUGCCGGCUCUUCUUUCUUGAGAGACCAGUUCAUCCUUCAGCAGGACUCCAGGGAGGUCCAGAUCUCCAUGAUCCAGGAGGCGGAGGUGGGACAGCAGCUGUUGCUAUCCUGCUACACAGGCCAGCUGGAGUUUCCAGAGCUGGAGCUGGUGCAUUACCUGACGGUGGCCAGCUUCCUUCAAAUGGGUCACAUUGUGGAGCAGUGCACUCAGGCCCUCAGCAAGUUCAUCAAACCUCAGUCAGCGCGCCACCUGGAGGUGGAUGUAAAUAUGAGGAGCGAGAAGAAUGAUGAAAGUUUAUUGUCUCAGGCCCAGAGAGAGCUGGGGCGCUCUCAGGUGCGGAUUGUGCGUCAGCAGAAGGAGGUCGUAGAGCAGGUUGAGGAUGACAACAAUGGUGAUGACGAGGACGAUGUUGAUGGCGACGAUGGUGAUGAUGAUGAUGAUGUGAUUAUAGAGCCCAAGUCUCCUCUCCAGAUAUUAAGCAGACACCCAAGGCAGGCUAUGAUGGAGAAUGACAUUACUAUAAUAAAGGUAGAGUCUGUAUCUGACGUAGCAGAGAACUCCAUCACUGGUCACUUCCCCACCAGCCCGCCCGCUGCCCUCAAGUCACCUGAGCCCCAGCAUUCGCUCAUUAACUCCACAGUGGACAGUCGCAGCAGUGAGAUGGCGGUUCCGCCUGGAAUCGCCGAAUAUGCGCUCAGCCCCCCUCCUCAGUCCCCUCCUUCAGAGAAACACAGCGCACACCAGAGGAACUACGACAAGCCUCUGCAGUGGUACCACCAGUGCCCAAAGUGCUCCCGGGUCUUCCGCCAGCUGGAGAACUACGCCAACCACCUCAAGAUGCACAAGCUCUUCAUGUGCCUCCUGUGCGGAAAGACUUUCACACAAAAAGGCAACCUGCAUCGACACAUGCGUGUCCAUGCCGGCAUCAAGCCCUUCCAGUGUAAAAUCUGCGGCAAGACAUUCACCCAAAAGUGUUCUUUGUUGGAUCACCUUAACCUGCACAGUGGGGACAAGCCCCACCGCUGCAACUACUGCGACAUGGUGUUUGCUCACAAGCCUGUUCUUCGCAAGCACCUCAAACAGAUCCAUGGGAAGAACAGCUUCGAUAACGCAAACGAGGGCAGCCUACAUGACGGGGGGAUUGACUUUGAAUUUGGCCAAAUAUGAAAUCUGUCGACUGUUUUUUUUUGGAAGAUUUGAUAGAUGCCAUCAGUCUGAAUCAGAUUUUCCUUCAGAUGGGACAUUACUUAAAUGAGUUAAUUUAACAGAUCCAAAACAGACAGCGCUUAGUCGAGCUAAGGACUUCAUUACAAGUUUCCUGAAGUGUCAGCCCCUGAAGUGAUGACUUCACUUGGAGAACAUUGACAUGAAAUAUGGAACUAUUCCUAGUCUACAUUUAACUGUAGCUUCCUUUACUGUGGACACUUUUUUUGUAGAAUACAUUGUAGAUGCCUUCAUAUCAUACUUGAAUAUUCAGCACUGAAACACAAAACAUAAUGACUGUGCAUCAUUAGUUUUAUUGAUGAAUUAACAUGUCUUUGUCUUAAUGAAAGAAAAACAUUGCAGACAAUUAUCCAUUUGUAUAUUUGUGUAUACAUUCUUCUGUAGGCUUUCUGUAUCGAUAUGACAACGGAGACUUCAUACGUAUAGAGAACGUGAAAGAGGGUGGUUUAGAUAUAUUUUAUCGAAGGCAAGCUACACCAGUGACAACUGAGAUGCCAAAGUGUCUAUGUGAACGGUAAUUUCUUUUAUAAAGACUUAAUAUCAGAGGUACUAUUGGACCAAAGUGACAUUGUAUCUUUCCCGUGUUCAUAAAGUCAGUGUGUGUGAUGACAUUAAAAAACGAAUCUGAACCAAUGCUGGUGUCAUUUUCUUUAUGCUAUCACAUAAUUCCAUCCAAUAUAUAAUCAGAUUUCAAUAUUCAAAAAAAUAUAGUACAUGCAAAAUAUUAACGCAGUAUUGAUUUGUAAAAUAGGUUUUAUUACUUAAGGAUGAACAGGACUAUAGUUACAUUGCAGCUGAUGCUUAAUUAGGACCAAUAAUGACUGCAGGCAGCCCUGCCUACUGAUUGGUUAAAAGGUUUAAUAUGCUGCCUGUGUAAGAUCCUUUAUUGGGAACUAUGGAGCUUUGAGUGCGCACUAGUCUUUGACCAUGGUCAUAUUCCUGCCCACAGUUCUUGAAAUGGUUACUGUGUUUUAAGUACUUUGUCAUAAUUUUUUUAUUUUGUAUUUAAAAUGGAAUCUUUCAGUAAACCUUUUAAAACGAAGAACCUGGACUAUAUUUUAUUGAAACAUGCGUCAGCUACUGUAUAUGUUUGGACUUCAUUGCUCAAGUGGGCAUUUAAAAAAAAUAGAGCGUUCCACACUGAUAUUAAAUUGUGCAGAAAAGUUAUCUUAAAAACAGAAUUGUAGUGGCAAGACUGACAGAAUAAAUAUUUUAAACAAGAA